UCCAUUUAAAAAUGCAACUCAAUAUGUCUUUAUGUUAAUAUUCAAUUAUGGUGGAAAAACUCUAUUAUAUGUAUCUUCUUCUUCAUCAUUAAGGAUUCCUCAAUUUUUGCAGUAAAUCAUGAUGAUGAUAUACGUGAUAUAUACAUGAAGAUUAUAUUGAUCUUUAAAAAUUACAUAUGUACUUUAAACAGCCGAACUAGUUAUAAUCAGUAUGGCGGCGUGUUAUCGCGAUCAACGAAGAAUGGGUCAAAUGAUCGAUCAAAUGAAAAUACUUGCCAGUAAUUUGGAUGAGUUACGUGCUGAAAUUAAUGCAUUAAGAAAUACUUACCUGCGAAACGAAGAGGAUCUUCCACAUGCAAAUGAUUUCAAACGAAAUAGGAGUAGCGAUAUUAAUAUUUUGCAUAAAUUAAGAAGAUGUAUGAAGAAAGUAACAAACAUAUACACAUUGAGAAAAAGACAAAAACGUGAUAAAAUUCGAGAGUCUUAUUAUCCCUGUACGAAUAUGGACCCUGUAUUACCUACGUUUUUAAACUGCAUCAUUCGUACCCGAAAGAAAGAAAAUAUGUUACAAAUACCAACUAGGAUUAAAUAUUUGAGAAGUCAAGGCAACCAAACGAACGAGAAAAUCGGAAGUCGGCACUAUAUAAUGAAACGUGCAUCAGCAUCUAUGCACACUGAAAAUACAAACUAUCAUGAAUCAUUAUUCACAAAAGAUGGAAAUGAACAAUAUAAUAAAAUAAUAUUUCCAAAACAAAAUACAACUCUUGUUCCACAUUGUUCCGAAAUAAGUUGUGAAUUAGAUUUUCAAAUUGAAAAGUCAAUAUUUUCCUCUGGAUCCAAUGUGAAUAUUUUUUCAGAUUCGUAUACUUUAAAAAAUUGUCCAGAAAAUACAAAAGUAGUUUUGUCAAAUGGUAAUAACAAGCAAUCUGCAACAAAAUGUACGCAAACAAGAAUAGCAAAACUGGGACGAAAGUCCAAAAAUUUUAAUUUUUAUUCUAAACGACCUAAUCUUUGCUUUUCUAAAAUAAAGAAUGCUAUGAUUGAAAAAAAAAUUAUAAGAAAUUCGAAUGAGCGUACAUUUACGAUAUGUCGAGAAGUCAACAAUACGAAGAAUUAUCCAAAUUUGAAGAAAAAUUAUUCUGAACGAUGUUCGUGUAGAAAGAAAAGAAACAACUUUACCCAAUUGAAUGGUGAAAACACGAGUGGACAAAAUUUUCCCAUCGAAAAAAAUACUAAAAAAAUAAAAAAUAACUUAUCUAUAAAAAACAUGUUCGAAAAUCUAUUGCCUGUUACAGAACCAGAGUUAUCGUCUUCGUUACUUUCUUUGGAGUUAGAUAUUAAUAUUUCUAAUAAUUCCAGUAACAUCGAGGAAUUUUCAGAACGUAGAAAACCAAGAACUUAUAUAAUACGUCAAACAACACAGGAAUGUAAUCGAAAUAACUGGUUGAAUAAUUUUGAGAAGAGUGUCGUUUGUGUGGAACAAAUUUCCGAUUUGACCCUUUCUUCAUGUAGUUUUCCUAAUCAAAAUGUUCAUUUUAAUUAAGGGAAGUAUUCGUAGUUAUUUAUUUUUAUUGAUGGAAUUAUACUUUAUUUAAAUUCUAAUGUUUCAAAAUUAUAAGUAAAAUUAUAUGUAAAUCUUCAUUACAUUAAUUGUAACUAGGAUAUAGUUUCAUACACGUUUGU